AUGAAGGUAUUUCCCCGGACACGGGAAAGGGAGAGGGCAUGGAAACUGGCUUUGGGCUCUGCUGCGGCGUCUUUAGUGUUAGCACCCAUCUUGACGCUAAUAUUCAGGCAUCCUUGGCCACAGAGAUGGUUCACGGAGAUUUGGUGGACAUUCUCGAUCGUCCUGGAAUCCGUUUGCGUGCUACCCCAAUUACUGCUCCUACGCCAGACCACCGUCCCCACUGUCAUCGACUCCUAUUAUCUCCUUACAUUAGGUUCCUACCGGGGAUUUUACAUUCUGAAUUGGCUGUAUAGGGGAUUUGUCUCUCAUUACUGGGACCCUAUUUCAGAUAUUUUUGGCAUCGUCCAGACCGCGUUCUACAUUGACUUCGCUUGGGUCUACUACACGCGGCAGCGUGUGAAACUCCGCAAUGGUGGUGUUGUAGACUCGGAGGAUUUCCGGAACAGCUGGCUGGUCAACAAAGUGUUGAGUUUCAGGCAGCGAAGGAGCGUCGAUGAAGAACAGCACCUGCAUGAUGAAGGAGCAGAAGUCGGACAUGGGGCUGAUGGUGAACGGCCGAGAAACAAUCGCUGGGGAGCUCGAGGGAUCAGUAUCUCCGCAGAUGACACACUAAACGAGAGUCGCCAUCCCAAGCCCAGCAGUGCAGGUGACGACCGACUGGAGGGAUUUCUGGAGGACGAAGAGGACACUUGGGAAGAGCACGCAAACCAGCAAACACAGCACAAGCAUUCUCCUGAUGUGACGGACAACCAGAAGUGA